AUGAGCCAGACACUUGGCAACCUGUCAGCUCCCAAUGGCACAAGCUCUGAUCCAGCCAUGUUCUUCCUGACGGGCAUCUCAGGGCUGGAAGCUCUGCACCUCUGGAUCUCCAUCCCCUUCUGCUCAAUGUACAUUGUGGCCCUUCUAGGAAACUGCAUCCUCCUGUGCGUUAUCAAGACAGAGCCCUCCCUACACAAGCCCAUGUUCUAUUUUCUCGCCAUGCUGGCCGUGAUCAAUCUGGUUUUAUCCACAACCACCAUGCCGAAAAUACUGAGCAUCUUCUGGUUUAAUUCCAGGGAGAUCAGCUUUAAUGCCUGCCUGGUGCAGAUGUUUUUCCUUCACUCGAUGUCCAUGACGGAGUCUGCUCUACUGCUGGCCAUGGCCUUCGACAGGUACGUGGCCAUCUGCAACCCCCUGAGAUACGUCAUCAUCCUGACCAAUUCAGUGAUAGCAAAGAUCGGGCUGGCAGCUUUGUCCCGGGCUGUUCUGCUAGUGAUCCCCCUGCCCUUGCACCUCAGAAGGCUGCCCUACUGCGGGUCCCACGUCAUCUCCCAUUGCUACUGUGAGCACAUGGCCGUGGUGAAGCUGGCCUGUGCCGACACCGGGUUCAAUAACAUCUAUGGGAUCAUCAUAACUUACUUCAUUGUGGGGCUGGAUCUGAUGUUCAUCUCCCUAUCGUAUGUCAAGAUCCUAAGGGCUGUCUUAAGCCUGGCAUCCAAAGAAGAGCAGCUCAAGGCUUUCAGCACCUGUGGCUCUCACCUUUGCGCCAUCUUAGUUGUCUACACACCAGUGGUCCUCACCUCAACAAUACACAGGUUCGGGUGCCAUGUCACUCCACACAUACAUAUCCUGCUGGCCAAUUUCUACCUCCUCUUUCCUCCCAUGAUGAACCCCAUUGUAUACGGUGUGAAAACCAAACAGAUUCGUGACAGGGUGCUUCUCUUGGUCCGAGGGAAAAGCUUCUAG